AUGGAAAAGCAUCCUUUAAAAGGGAAUGCCUCAAUACCUAUGAACACGCCUGCAUCUUAUCAAGCUGUUGGUAAUAAGGUAUCAAAUGGUGAACAAAACAGAACAACUUCUUUAAGCUCUGAUGAAGGAAUGAUUGAUAUAGCUACAACUGGAAACAUGGAUGAAAGAAUAAUUCAAGAUGAAAUAGGAACUGUACAAUAUUCGACAGAUGAAAUCCCAGGCAUUGGUCAAUAUGAUGACUUCCACACCAUUGAUUGGCAACGGGAUAUUGCCCGUGACCGGAUGCGUCACAGAUACAUUGUUAAGAAGAGGUCUAACUCCAUUUUAGAUCUAGUCCGUGGAGCACACGAUGCCUGGUCGGGUUGGUUAUGUGUGCUUUUGGUCGGUCUGGUGACGGGAAUGGUCGCUGGUAUCAUAGAUAUUGGUGCGUCUUGGAUGUCCGACCUGAAGUAUGGCCUAUGUCCUCAAGCGUUUUGGCUCAAUCAGGAACAGUGCUGUUGGUCAUUUAAUGAGACAUCAGUGGAUGACAAGGGGAACUGUUCACAAUGGAUGAUGUGGUCUGAAUUAAUCACCAAUAGUAGGACUGGAGUUGGAGCUUACAUCAUCUCCUAUAUGUUUUUCAUAGCUUGGGCGUUGCUAUUUGCGUCUCUUGCCGCUGGUCUUGUUCGUAUGUUUGCUCCAUACGCUUGUGGCUCUGGUAUUCCUGAGAUUAAAACAAUUUUAAGUGGUUUCAUUAUUCGAGGCUACCUCGGAAAAUGGACGCUGAUAAUCAAAUCAGUCGGUAUAAUGUUAUCCGUAUCGGCAGGACUAAGUUUAGGAAAGGAAGGUCCAAUGGUGCACAUAGCCUCUUGUAUCGGAAAUAUCUUAUCGUACCUUUUUCCAAAAUAUGGUCGUAAUGAGGCUAAGAAAAGAGAAAUCCUGUCAGCUGCUGCUGCCGCGGGUGUUUCUGUUGCUUUCGGAGCACCCAUCGGAGGCGUUCUUUUCAGUUUAGAGGAGGUCAGCUAUUAUUUUCCAUUAAAAACUCUUUGGAGAUCUUUUUUCUGUGCUCUUGUUGCUGCGUUCGUUCUCCGAUCAAUAAAUCCAUUUGGGAAUGAACAUUCAGUAUUAUUUUAUGUCGAAUACAAUAAACCAUGGGUUUUUAUUGAACUUGUACCAUUCGUUGGAUUGGGAAUAAUUGGUGGUGCAAUUGCUACCGUUUUCAUCAAGGCUAACAUUUGGUGGUGUAGGUACAGAAAGACUUCUCGGUUGGGCCAGUACCCCGUGACGGAGGUUCUUGUCGUAACCGCUAUCACUGCGGUCAUUGCCUACCCUAAUCCAUUUACCAGAAUGAGUACCAGCCAGCUCAUCUACUUGCUCUUCAGCCAGUGUGGUGUUUCAGCUGCUGAUGGCCUAUGUAAUUAUGAUAACAGCCCUGAUGAUCCUGGCGUCUACACAGCUGUAUGGCUACUAGUUUUAGCUCUGCUCUUUAAGCUUAUAACUACAAUUUUUACAUUUGGUAUGAAGGUACCUUGUGGUUUGUUUAUUCCAUCGCUUUGCCUUGGUGGCAUUGUGGGCAGAAUCGUCGGCAUUGGGAUGCAACAACUUGCGGUCGCUUAUCCACACAUCUUCAUUUUUGCAACGGAGUGUGCCUCAGGGGAAGAUUGUAUUACACCAGGAUUGUAUGCAAUGGUUGGGGCCGCUGCAGUUUUAGGAGGUGUUACACGAAUGACAGUGUCAUUGGUGGUUAUUAUGUUUGAACUGACCGGCGGUGUGCGUUAUAUCGUGCCUCUGAUGGCUGCAGCGAUGGCUUCGAAAUGGGUCGGCGAUGCUCUCGGCAAGCAGGGGAUAUACGAUGCUCACAUUAACCUCAACGGAUAUCCCUUCCUCGAUUCCAAGGAAGAAUUCGCUCAUACCUCUCUUGCUGCAGAUGUAAUGCAACCAAAGAGGAACGAACCCCUGUCAGUAUUAACGCAGGACUCGAUGACUGUGGAAGAUGUUACACAGCUGUUAAAGGAAACUGAACAUAAUGGUUUUCCAGUCGUUGUAUCAAGAGAAUCUCAAUAUCUUGUCGGAUUUGUUCUAAGGAGGGAUUUAUCUCUAGCAAUUGAAAAUGCCCGAAGGACAGUCGAAGGAGUUCAAACUGACUCAUUAGUACUGUUUAGCUCGAAUCCAAGCCAACCACUCGGCCCUGGUAGUUCGCCUCCACUAAAAUUAAAAAAGAUAUUAGACAUGGCGCCUAUCACAAUAACAGAUCAGACUCCAAUGGAGACUGUUGUGGAUAUGUUCCGUAAACUAGGUCUGAGGCAGACACUGGUUACGCACCAUGGGCGGUUGUUGGGAGUCAUCACCAAGAAAGAUGUACUUAGGUACAUAAAACAAAUAGAUAAUGAAGAUCCUAAUUCGGUGUUAUUUAAUUAA